CAUAUGAGAAAAUGAUUAGAAUGGCGGCUGAAAAUGUCUAAAACAAUAUUUCUCAAAAUACAAGUAAACUGAAGUGAUAUUUUAUAAAUUAAAUAUGAAUUUACGUUUAAAGAAGUGAAACUGGUGACUUUUGCGUGACAAUAACAAACAAUAAAAACACAAUUUAAUUUAAACAAUCAUGUAACGACAAUACCUUCCAGUAAUUUAAUCAUGGCCUUUUACUGCGAAUAAUAUAAAUCUAUACCAGUUUCAUUUAUAAUUAUGUUUAGUGAUGGUGUUUGAAAUGAUUCCGUAGUGUUACUUAGCAACAUGGCAAGGGAUGGAGACUUGCCUAUUAUUUUUAAUCCUAAGCGAGUUCGUGCUCCUUCUGUGAUAAUAACAAGUGAGGAAGUGGAGACUGAACGAGGGGGUGAAGGUGAUCGUGAUCUUCCAAAUGGGCCCCCAACGCCACUGAGCCCGCGGGCGCCUCUAACGCCGCAAACAUCCGUGUCGUCGGCAGUGUCUGCACCACCAUUGACGACGCAGCCGUCCCUUCAGCAAGCCUUUAGUGAGUCUGCGGCUAGCAGUCAAGACGAAGAGCGACAGCUCCGCGAGAAGAAAUGCCCAAGAUCUUGCUGCUCAAAGUUUGCUAAAAAGAUCUACUAUGGAAUAUGUGUCACAUUGGUCCUUACUGCCUCCUGGGUGACAUCCACCCACUGCAUCAAGCACAUGUACCUGGAAACUUACCCACCUAUAAUAUAUCCCACUAGCACGGAGACAACUUCUCAAACCUUCAACUAUACUGCUAAGCCCCAAAGUCAAAAUGACAACAUAUACAAUGCCCCAUUCUUCACUGCCUGGUUUAGCACCAACUGGCUCAUAUUGUUCUAUCCCAUCUACGUGAUAGUGAUGCUCAUCCACAACAAGUGCAAAUCUGCCAAUGACAUAGUGUAUGAUGCCUUCAGAGACUUCAGAGAGAAGGGAUUCACUUUUGCUCGCUUCAUCAGCCGCUGCGGAUUGUUCUGCCUGCUGUGGGUGGUCACCAUCUACAUGUACACUUACUCCUUGAAGAUCCUACUCUGCACAGAUGUGGUGGCUCUGUUUGCCACCAAUGUCUCGUGCAUCUAUCUGUUGUCCUGGGUCAUAUUACAUGAACAGUUUGUUGGUGUUAGGAUCGUAGCGGCUAUUCUGUGCGACACCGGAAUAGCGUUGCUCGCGUACAUGGACGGCAUAACAGGCAGCUCUACACUUGGUGGGGUUGUCCUAGCCGCCUGCGCCGCGGCAGGCUUUGCUAUAUUUAAGGUUCUGUUCCGUAAAGUAAUGGGUGAGGUGAACACCGGCCAGCGCGCGCUGUUUUUCUCGAUCCUGGGCAUCGUGAGUGCCUCGCUCCUGUGGCCGGUGUGCCUCGCGCUCUACCUCACCGGCUCGGAGAUGCUGCCGUCCCCCUCGCACCAAAUGCCCUGGCUUCACCUCUUGGGGGCCAGUCUUGCGCUGUUGGUUUUCCAUCUAGUGUUCCAGUUCGGCAAUAUCGUGACGUACAACAUUUUCGUCUCACUCGCUCUCAUCACUGCUGUACCAGUCUCAGCCGGAUUGGACGUGGCGUUCUACCAAGUGCAGUUCGAGGGCAUGAAGCUGGCCGGCAUCGUGCUGAUCGGCGUGGGCUUCUCGCUCGUCAUGUUCCCCGACAACUGGCCCAACUACAUCAUGCGCCUGCUCAGAUGGAGCCGGCGGCAGCGCGGCAACAACGGGUCCGGGCGCAGCCGCGACGCCAUGGACUUCCGCACCGGCUACAUACGCUCGCACCUCCGCUCGCCCUCCGGCCGCGUGCGGUGACCGCCCGACGACCUCCCCUAAACGACUAUACGCUCUACUACGGCGUAAUAGCGGUCAAAUUACAACGCUCUGAUCAAACUUUCCUCUUACUAUCAACGAUCUGUUGUUUGGUUACGUAGGAUUGGUUCACCUAAAGGCGGAAACUCUCAGUGACGUAUUCUCGGACGAACAAGGCCAACAGAGGGCCCUAUAAAAUUCUUUGAAAAUACAUAGCGGGUCGUGCACCGCUGCGGGGUGCCCUAAUUGCGGUCGAAAGGGAUAAUCGGCUAGAACUCCGUAAAAAAGGGUACAAAUAUAUCUCAACGAAAUAUUGAGAGUUAUGUGGCGGGGAUAGUGUUGAUUGAAUAAUAUGAAGGCAAAAUUGAAUGUUCUAAUAUUGAAAUUAAACCCAACGUCAGCUGAUCUUAAAAUGAUCGAAUUUUAUCUUAUGACUUUAUAUUUUGUAAAGUUGCAACUCUUGAUCUGUUCAUUAUUCUCAUGUUAGACCUCCAAAUUAAAUGGCCAAAAUUUACACAUUAUUCCGAUAUACUUGAUAUAUACUGAUUCUACUUUUAAAUCCGAAAAUAAUACGUUUUAUAAUAUGCCUCAAGGUUUAAAUAUUAAAAUAUCUUCAAUGAACUGAAUCUUCUUCAAAUCUCACAUCGUCGCUAUUAUAUAAUAAUAUCUAAUGCUAGUAUAAUUUUAUAUACUUACUUCGACUACCGUCCGUCCUCUCGAUUUGAAGAGCACUUGAAAAAAUAAUGUUUUAACAAAAUAGAAAUGCACUAGCAACAACAAAUAUUGAGAAUUCAGGAUGCCGAUAGAUAUUUAACACUAUCUAAUCUCAAAAUAUAAUCUCAAUGUGGUCAAAAAUUGCAAAGCAACACAGAUGUACUUGGGAAAAUGUUUUAUUAACAAAUGAAAUGAUAAAAGUACAGCUACAGUAUCUGGCGCCCAAGAUAGACUACCGUCCCUCUUUAAAUAAUACAGUGAGACAAAGGCGGAUAGUCUAUCUCAUAGGCGAGAUACUGUGUAAGGGUGGUAUUCCAGCUGUCCAAUUUAUUUGUCCAGUCGACGUCAAAAAUAUGUUUACACUUUUGCACCUUACUCCUUUGUAAUAAGGCGAAAAAUGUAAACAUAUCUUUGACGUCGACUGUCCACCGAUGUCAGUGCGUCUCACUGAGACGCAAUACAAAUUGGACAAAGAAAUUGGUGGAAUACCACCCUUAGGCCUACUGGGCGCUAUGUUUUCAUAAUGGCGGACUGUGCGACCUAAUCUGUCAAAGAAACUUUUUCCCGUUAGCGUCCAGUAGUGAAGAGAGAUGUUUGGCAAUUUUUAACCCCAUUCUCGAGACACUGAUGUAGUGAUGUACAUCACCUAGUGCACAUUAAAACUUCAAUUACUUACUCAUCUAUAAUAUAUUUAUUCUAUCUAUAAU